GGGUGCCGACGUCCUCACGCUCAGUUAACCAUCUGCCCACGCCAGGAUGCAGAGAAAUGUUCCCGCCUGUUUGCCAUCACCGCUUUGUUAACUGCUGGUGGAUGUAGAGGAUUGGGUUUCAAGUUCCGUCUUCUUACUGUGCGAUAUUAAGGUGUAAUUAUUUUUAUUUGUUUAAUCUCUUCCUCCUCUGGGAAGCGCCUGGUGAUCAUUUUGUGGCCACGCGCAGUAAUGCGAGCGGAAGGGGCUCGCGGACACCGGGACUGAGCGGUGGAGAUCUCGCGGACACGUUGCGCGUCUUUCUUGGACACAUCUCGGAGAUAAACUGCGCUUUGGCUUUUUCUCAGCCUGCGCGUCUUUUCUUGGCUUUGAGAUGUCUGAAAGAAAUACACUGUUGCUGGAAAAGCAGGCUAAAAACGGAACGUCAAAAUAUAUGUUGGAGAGAUGCGCUUCUGUUAACGAGUAUUAUGAUAUUGCCUUCAAGGUGAUGCUGCUGGGAGACUCGUCCGUGGGGAAGACGUGCGUCUUGGUGCGCUUUAAAGACGGGGCAUUUCUGGGAGGCAACUUUAUAGCCACCGUUGGAAUAGACUUUAGGAAUAAAGUGGUGGAUGUCGACAACCUGAAAGUCAAACUCCAGAUCUGGGAUACAGCGGGCCAAGAGAGAUUCCGAAGCGUAACGCACGCCUACUACAGAGAUGCCCAGGCGUUACUUCUGCUCUAUGAUAUCACCAGUAAGAUGUCGUUUGACAAUAUCAGGGCUUGGCUGACUGAAAUUCACGAGUAUGCCCAGAAGGAUGUGGUCAUCAUGUUGCUCGGCAACAAGGCAGACGCUGCUGCAGAGAGGGUCGUGAAGACGGAGGAUGGAGAGAGGCUGGCGAAGGAAUAUGGUGUACCAUUUAUGGAGACCAGUGCGAAGACAGGAGUCAAUGUGGAGCUGGCCUUUCUCGCUAUAGCAAAGGAGCUGAAGCACAGAGCCACCCAGCAGCAGAAUGAGCCCAAGUUCCAGAUACACGACUACAUCGAGGCUCAGAAGCACAAGUCGAGCUGCUGUGGCCACAUGUAGCUGACACUGAUCUCCAGGCAGAGACACGCAGAGAGAGAAGGAGGGGGAGGAAGGGAAGGAGUUGGAUCGAGGUAAAAAUAAAAAUAAAGUCUGCUCUCUUACAUAAAAGCCAAUCCCAGCACCAAACCCGAGAAGCGGACGACCUCGUCUCCACCACCGGGCUUUAAGCUCCAAUGGAAAGUGAAUCUGGAUUGGCAGCCAUCCCUUAUCUGAAAUGUGAAUUUGAAACUCUUUGUAUGUCAUUUGUAGAAAUGUGUGUGGUCUUUGUAGUGACAGUUGUAUCAAAUUACAAGUCAGGAGUUGCAAUCAGAAAUACAAUAUCUCCAGGGACACGGAAAAAACAUAAUUAUCUUUCUAUUCUAAAUAGCUGCAAACACAUCAUUUGUCGUUUUGGAUGGAAACUAUGGCACUCUUGUGAUUGAUGUUUGGACAUUGAGUUUCAGUGCAACAUUUUCAAACAUGAACACACUGUGCUCUAAAUGCAGCAUGGUUUUCGGCAGGCCUAGGUGUUGUGUUUACUGCCAUAUAAUGGAAAUAGAUCCUAGCGUUUCUUGGCUCUUGCAAAUUAUAUUGCAACUGGCUGGGGUCAAGAUGCGAGUCAACCAAGUGUGCUGCAGGAAUAAGUCCGAAACCCAUCAAAUGUGUUAGCGUUUUUGCAAUACGUUUUUUUUGUGCUAGUUAUUCCUACUUAACUUUUACAACUCGUAGAUUCAUCAAUGAAUCACGCUGAAAGGAAAAGCUUUUGUAAUGCAGAUAAGGAUUUCUGAUGUUGAGAUCAUGGAACCGUGGUUGCUUUUCACUGCUUGAAAUUGCAUUUAUGUUUCAAAAAUCAUAACAGCUAAUGUUCUUUGUGAACAUUACCUUGCUGAACAAAAAAAAAAACGUUUGUUUGCCAGCUACCUACAAAAAUACUUCACCCCUGCCGCACAGCAGAGAAUAAGCCUGCGAGGCGUCUGUUAACUUUUUGAGUUUUAUUUGUUCUAGCAGCAGACACUGAAAAACGGAGUUCGAUCAAAUUCUCACAAGUGCCACAUUUUUCAUCCUGCAGUCUGAAGAGCCUGACUCAUGAUUAAUGGAAGUUCAAUACGACUGUUGGUGUAGAUAUCGCAUUUUGCCCUGCAGCUCUUAGUUUGUUUCCAUCCCUGUUUUACCAGGCUGUGAACUGAACCCCUUUUGGCCUUACAGUCUUACCCUUUGAUAAAUCAGUGUGUUUGAGAAGUGGACGUCAGUCUCACAGUCAGAUUGUAGCUCAAAUGAUCCUGUCUGUUCACAUCUGUAUUGCUGUUAGGUGGAAUAAAGCCACUUUUUGCUGUGUGUUUGUCUGUACAUUCAAUUCAGGGCCAGUGACACUUAAUUUAAAGUACUGUUCAUGUAAAUGUGCUGGUUGAGCAACCCACUGUCACACCAGGCUUCAUACAAAGAGAUCAUUAUCAUUACUUUCUCAUCUUUUGGUUAGAGAUACCUUUGCAUGCUAUUUACAUUUUAACCAUCCGCAAAACACGGACGUGCUCGCAGAACUCCCAGAACAUUGAUGUGUCUCCUCUAAGGAUGGAUGUUGUUGUGUCGACUGUACCCAAGCUGUAUUUGUUCACGCUCCACAUUUUGUAACUUGUUUCUUUGUACAAUGUUCAUUAUGAAUGUUUGCUUGUGGAAUUUAGCUGGCUGUCACAUUCGUCCCUCUUCUGAGGCGUCACAGUGAUCACAAAGUGCCAUGAAAAAGUGCUUUGUUAUCAUAUUAGAUAUAUAAAAAAAAGUAUAUUUUGUAAUGUAUUUGGUGUUUUUUAUUGAAGUCAGUCUCAUCUGUGUGUUUUGUGUGUGUAUGUUGGGGUUUUGGAGGGUUGGGAGUGACAGGGUGUGUUGAGGUUAAUGAGCCACCGUGUGGCAGCAGCUACCCUGUGUAUAUUCUAACAUGUUGCUCUAGAGAUUGUUUUAUCAAUUAGACAACCUGUAGAUUCAGGGUUGUGCUGUCUAUUUUAUUCCAAUAUAGAGAUCUACUGUUUUUGAAAGGAUGCUGAAAAUCUGUAUAGUGAUGUUUUGUAAGUGCUGUGGUUGUUUUAAUGUGUUAGGUAAAGUUAUUAUGAUAUACUUGGAGGACAUUUUCAAUUCCCUGCACUGGGCUGCACGCACACCUGAAUGCAGCUCACCCACU